AUGCCGGAAAAGCCGUUGACCAUUGCGACCUACGCCGCCGGUGCCUCUCUGGCGGCCAUCACUCUCGUUUACGUCUUUGGUCCGACCUUCUUCCUCGACGACGAUGCCGCCAACUCCGCGCGCAAAAAGGGCGUCGUCGGCCUCAGCAAUCCCGCAAAUGACUGCUUUAUCAAUUCUGUUCUCCAGACGCUCGCAGGCCUCCCGCACCUGCGUCUGUACCUGAUCCGGGAGAUCCAUCGCCGCGCGCUCGACGGCCCCGAAGUCUACAAGGUCCCGGAGAAUGGCAAGGACGUCGAGGGCGGCCAAAAGGACCUUGACGCGGUGAAGCUUGACGGGCUACAGCAGGGCAUCGUGACCCAUGCCUUGAAGGAUGUGUUGGAUAGGUUGAAUGAGCGCCCUAUAUACCGCAAGACCAUCUCGGCGCAAACUUUUGUCGGCGCGCUUGAGCGCGCAUUCAUGUCGCGCAUCAGCAGACAACAGCAGGACGCCCAGGAGUUCCUCCAGCUCGUUACCGAACGCGUCUCCGAGGAGUAUCAUGCCGGCCACAUAGCGCGGAGGCGGGCAAGGAGGCAGCAGGCGGCCCUAUUGAGAGUCGACGCGCCGGAAAAGGAGAGCGCCGAUCUCAGAAAGGAGCUCCUAAAGCAGAAAACGGGUUCUGCCGCGGACGCGGACGUGGAUUCGGAUACCGAGGAACAAGAUGACGAGGAAGGCUUUCCUUUCGAAGGCCAAUUGGAGUCCCAGAUUGAGUGCCUCACUUGCCACUUCAAGCCGGCGCCAUCGGUUUCCAGCUUCGUCACCUUGACCUUGAACGUGCCCCACCAGUCCUCAACCACGCUAAACCAAUGCUUCGACGGCAUGCUCAAGAUUGAGCAUAUCGAUGAUUUCAAAUGCGAGUAUUGCCGCUUACAACAUGCUGUGGAACUUAAAGAGAAGGAAUUGGCGAAGGCUGUGAAGGAUGAUGCACGGGAGCGGCUGGAGACAGACAUAGCAAAAUUGCGCAAGGCUCUGGAGGAAAAUCCGGAGAAACCGCCAGCAGACGUCGAACUGCCAGAUAGCACUUUGGCGCCUAAAAGGAGGAUUGCGCGGCACAUGCGCAUCUCCACUUUCCCCAAGGUUCUCGCUGUUCAUCUUUCGAGGUCACUUUUCAUGGCCGGAAACUACGGGACCUAUUCGUCGAAGAAUAUGGCAAAGGUUUCUUUUCCCGAAACCUUGCCGCUUGGCGGAAUUCUGGAUCAGAGGAAGUACCAUUUAUUAGGUGUCGUUACCCACAAGGGAGGCCACAACAGUGGUCACUAUGAGAGCUUCCGGCGCCAGAUUCAAAUCCCCCCCUACUCUACACCACAUUCCUUUGGUACUGAGGGUGUAUAUAGUCUAAACGGCAGCCCAAAUCCCAGCGCGUUGCCUAGCACAGUGCCCAGCACAGUCCAAAGCCCUCGCCCUUCGGCGUACAGGGAGCCCCUCGAACCCGCAGAGAUCCCCGAGUCUGCCCAUUUACCCUCUCCUGCCUUUCCCACCGCAUCAUCGUUAUCACUGUCAUCCAAAUCUUCGCGCUCCUCGAUGCGCCAACGUGCAACGCCGACGUCUGUGCCUCGGGAUGACAAUUUGUCGCUCAAGCAGACGUCGUCUCCCGGACACUCCCCAUCGAAGUUGCACUCGAUGGGCGAAAGAGCAGCAACAAAGGCAGAGUCGAUUGCCAAGUCGGUGAAGCGGAAGUCGAAGAAGCGCGAUAACAGGUGGUGGCGCAUCAGUGACGACAAGGUCAAAGAGAGCAAGACCAGCGACGUUCUGGGGAUGCAGAAGGAGGUUUACCUUUUGUUCUACGAGAUCGCGAGACCCGAAGAGGAGGACGUAUGA